AUGUCAUUUGAAGAACAGAAACCUGAAAUUGAAUCUAAAGUAGUAACACCGGUGACUCCCGCCAGGUGGUACUCUAACCCAAUCUUGUUGUGGGGAGUUCGGAUCGCACAGUUUGUCUUCGCCAUUAUUUGUUUAGGCUUGAGUGCAAAAGUUUUGGCUUUUGGAAUCAAUCACUCCACCACGGGGUAUGCGGUUGCAGUGUCGGUCAUCACAAUAGUGUAUCUUGUUGUUGUCACUCUGGUACCUUUCAGGCUCAAUGACUGUGUGGUAUUCAUCCUAGUCAGUGAAAUAGUUCUCUCGAUCCUAUGGUUUGCUGCUUUCAUAGCAUUGGCGGUAUUGCAUGGCGGUAUUGAUUGCGGCAACCGAUACACAUUUAGUAGCGGGUGGCUGGAAUACUGCCGCGUGGGACAAGCUUCGAUUGCAAUGGCUUUUUUCCCCUUCUGGUUAUUCGACAUAACAGCAGCAUUGUUCUGGUUGAAUGUAAUGGCACCAAUUAGGUCGGUCACCGAAGGUGGAUGGGUUUAUAAGGGUGGUCCAAAGGUUCUCACCCGAUGGUGCAAUCUUAGUAUUAGUGACGUUGACUCGAAUCUCCCCAUGCGCACUGACGUGGAAUCCCAACCACGCGCAGGAACCCCUAUUGUUUCUCACACCGAUGUGGAUUACCAGCCACAUCCGGAGCAGUCGACGGUUACGAAUUCUUGA